UUUACGAAUGAUGAAAUUUUCUUUGUUGAGUUCUCAUCAUUGAUUUUUUAAUUGAAUAUUUUUAUUAAUAAAAAAACAAUUUUGACAUUUAUAUGAUUGAAAAUGGAAGCGGAAUAUGAUAUUUCUGGUAAUAAACAGAAUAAAUCUGAAGCUGGAUCUAAUGUACAUCUCCGAAAAUAUGUGACACUUGCUGAAACGGCAAGUGAACCGAAAAAUUUGAUCGACAUUAUUCGACAGGCUUUAGAGUCACCUUCAAUUUACGUUUUCGGUGAAUUGCUUGAUGUUUCAAAUAUCAAAGCACUUGUUGAUACCGAAUAUGAGCCAUAUUUAAAUCUAUUGAAUAUUUUUGCUUUUGGAACAUACCAAGAUUAUAGGAAACAAAAAAGAGAUUCUCCCGACAAAUUGCCUGAUUUAAGCGAACUAAUGAUCAUUAAAUUACGUCAUUUAUCGAUUGUUUCAUUGGCUCGUUGCCGUCGACAUAUCCCUUAUCAGAUUCUUAUGCAGGAACUCGAUUUGGAUAAUAUUCGCCAACUCGAAGACAUGAUAAUCGAAGUUAUCUAUGCUAAUGUUAUCAAAGGAACUAUGGACCAACGUAAUAACCGUCUGGAAAUUGAUCAAACCAUUGCAAGAGAUGUACGUGAAGAAGACUUCCAGACAAUAACCAAUGUGCUCAAUGAAUGGUGCCGAACAUGUGAAAAUAUUUUAUCAAAUAUUGAACAUCAAAUUCAAACAGCCAAUAAUUAUAAAGAAGAAAGUACACGUUCGAAACAGGCAUUGGAAACGAAAAUACAAUCAGUUCGAAAAAAUAUCAAACAAUCAAAUAAUGAUACUGAUGAUGCAAUCAUGACCGAUGUAAACAAUGUAUAUAUACAAGAUGUUGGUGGACAGAAAACCAAACGUAUACCAUGUCGAUCGAUCAAAAGUUCGUAUAAAAGUUCCACAAAUAAAUCAUGGCGGAGGGAAAACUAACGAAGAAAAAAAGAUAUUGGCCUAUAUU